AUGGCUCCUGUUAAACUUUGUGGGCUUGAUCUGCGGUUACUUUCAGCGGUCGCAUUUAUCUCAGUUUGGUUAGGCAGGCGUUUCUUAAGGAAGCGACGGACUGAACUGGAUGCAGAUCCACAGCUUGGGAGGCAAGGGGGAAGUAAGCAGCAAAUGGAAAUGGCUCCUACAAAACUUGAUCGGCUUUAUCCACAGGUCAAUGCUGAAGCUGGACAUGAGUAUGAAGUUUUUUUGAGCUUCAGGGGACCGGACACUCGCGAAGAAUUCACUGACAACCUAUACCAUCGCCUGAAAGAUGCAGGAGUCCAAACCUUCAGGGACGAUGAAGAGCUCCAAGUUGGAGAAAAGAUCGGGCCUGAGCUCAUGAGGGCAAUCAAGCAGUCAAAAAUCUCCAUACCCAUCUUCUCAAAGGGCUACACUUCGAGUAAGUGGUGUCUCAAGGAGGUGGCGGAGAUGGUGAAGCUCAAGGAUGAGACGAAGCACAUGAUCAUGCCCAUUUUCUUAGACGUCACGCCAGAUGAAGUUAAGUACCAGACAGGGAGUUAUGCUAAAGCCUUUACCCAGCACGAGGAAAACUAUGACUUUGAGACUGUUCAGGAGUGGAGGAAUGCUCUCCAAGAGGUUGUGAAACUGAAAGGGUUGGAACUCAAGAAAGAGGCAAACGGGAAACAUGGAGAGUUCAUUAAAAAGGUGCUUGCAAGGGUUCUUAACUGUCUGAAGAAAGCUUAUCUAGAUGUCAAUGAUAUCUUGGUUGGAAUCGAUGACCAUGUCGAAGCUGUCAAGACAUUGCUGGAUCUUGGAAAGGAAGGUGUUCAAAUUGUUGGAAUAUGGGGCAUGGGUGGAAUUGGGAACACGACUCUUGCAAAAGUUGUCUACAACCAACUGUUGGAGAAAUUUGAAUCCUCUUGCUUCCUCAAUGACAUUAGAGAAACAUCCCCACAGCACAAGGGUCUUGAGUCCUUGCAAAGCAAGUUACUCUCCGACAUCUUAAAUUGUGAGCGUGAAGACUUUGCAAAUACGAAAGAAGGAACCCAGGAGCUCAAGAACAGGCUCCGUGACAAGAAAGCAAUCAUUCUUUUGGAUGAUGCUUAUCGAGUUGAUCAACUCAAGGCUCUGGCUGGGGAUCUUGCUUGGUUUAGUCCAGAAAGCAGGAUUAUAGUUACAACCAGAGAAAAGGGAGCUCUAGAUCUAUUUUGAAUAACGAAUAUCUAUGAACUCACAAUACUGAGUGAAUAUCAAGCUUUUAAACUCUUCUGCAAGCAUGCAUUUAUAAAAGGCUCACCGACACCUGACUUUGUUGACUUGUCUUGGGAUAUUGUGAGGACAAAUGGAAGGCUCCCUUUGGCUCUUGAAGUAAUAGGUUCUUCUUUAUCUACAAGCAGUGGGCGCAAGGACUUAUGGCAAGGUACACUGAAGAAGUUGAAGAAGGAACCCCCUACGGAAGUCCAAGACACGUUGAGGAUAAGUUAUAAUGGCUUGGAUCGUGAGCUGCGGGAGAUAUUUCUCGAUAUCGCAUGUCUCUUCAUCGGAAAAGAUGCCAGAAUUGCAAUCCCUAUGUGGGAUGAUUGUGAGUUUUUCCCAGAAGUUGGAAUCGAGAUCCUUCUCUUGAAGUCACUAAUCAAAAUCACAGGUGACAGUAGGCUAUGGAUGCAUGACCAACUUAGAGACCUUGGCAGGGCAAUCGUGGAACAGGAAAACUAUAAAGAGCCGCGGUUGCAUAGUAUAUUGUGGCACAGCACAGUGGCGAUGCGUGUAUUAGAGGGGCAGCCACAGGAGGGGAUGACAAAAGUUGAAGCCAUUAGUCUAGAAGGAUAUCAGUUCCGCUUGGGACAUCACUGCUUUAAGGAUGAUCAGUUUAAGAAUAUACCGAACUUGAGGAUCCUUAUGUUAGAUAAAGCUAGUCUCAGUGGAAAUUUUGAGCGUAUGCUCCCGAACCUGCGGUGGCUGAGUUGGCACUUCUGCAACAUCAGUCCUACGCUGCCAACCAAUCUCAAUCUGAAGAACCUAGUUGUCCUCGAUCUAUCGAGGAGCAUGGUCAGUGAGGAUUGGGCCGGCUGGAGCUUGAUGAAGGUAGCCGCAAAGCUAAAAGUUCUUGAUCUUACAGAAUGCAGGCAUCUAACAAGAACACCCGGUUUGUCGCAACUUGGUCUCCGUUGAUCCAUCAAUAGAGCAACUUAGCGCUCUAGUUUCCUUAGACUUAAGGGACUGCACGAGCCUCAAAGAUUUGCCUCAGCUGGGUUCAAUGGACGCACUGACCGAGCUUCUGGUUGAUGGAACCUCUAUACAGGAAUUACCUAUACUGAGAGGUACAGACAAGCUUGGGAAUCUGGAGGCUCUCUUCUGCAACCCCUCUUCGCUCGUCUCUGCUCUCUCCCCUGGUGAUCUCCAUGGACAUCGUCCUCAAUUCCAUCUCAUCCUCAUCUCUUGAAAACGAAUCUGCAGUGGAAUCAGAACCCCACUUCCUUCAAUUCCCAUCUCAGCGCGGCAAUCUGAAGUGCAAUUGCUGGAAUGGCGGCUUCUUCUUCGACAACCAGCACCACCGCCUGCCUCCACUUCAUCGAGGAUGGCAUCAACAGAAUUCGCAAUGAGUUUGUUAACAACAGUGGCCCCGCGAGGAUGUCCUCAGUGGACUAACUGCAAGGACUAAUCAUUCCGCUACCCCUUUGAUGGUCCCUUUUUUUUUUUGAUCGAAUUCUGUAAUCGAGAUUCAUCCAUCUCAUCUCCCGGCGAUGCCGAAAUUGGCUGA